AAUUUUCGAAAUUUUAAUAUAUAAAAUUUCGAAAUUUUUUCAAAAUUUUUGAAAUUUAAAAUAUUAUUAAUUUUUAAAUAUAUUCUUUAAUCUUUAAAUAAUUUAAAUAUAUUCUUUAUUUUUUUAAAUUUUCAAAAUUUUAAUAUAUAAAAUUUUGAAUUUUUUUAAAUUAUUGAAAUUUAAUAUAUUAUUUUUUUAUAUCAAAAAAUAUAUAUAUUAAAAUGUCGAGAGAGUCCGGUAGAAGGUCAGUGGAUAUGGGCGCUGUGAACCGAAGUUUGAGGAGAGGCAAAGCUAAAGCCACCUCCGACGGUUCGACCUCACGCGGUUCUCGAGGAAGACACUCCGUCUCUUCCUUUCCUACUAUCCCCGAUCACUUAAUCGGGGACGGUAUGACGGAUGAAGAAUUCGACCAGAUUUAUUUUGGUAGAGGGGACGCAAAUCUCCCCACUCUUGAUAGUGUAUUCGAAGAUCUUGAUGAAGCAGGACUGGAUAAUCUAGACGGGGACGAGGAGCCUACACCGCAGAGCAACGACGUCGACGUGGAGGCAGUUGAGCCCGAGACCUCUCGAGGUCCGGACAAAGGGUUAUACGGCACUGUACAAGAAGAAACAGCUCCACCUCCGCCCCCGAAAUCAAAAAAAGGUUUUGCCGGAAUAGUCGGUGGUCUUCUUGCAAAGAAAGGGAAGCGUGCUCAUUCUUCGACGAGUUCAAGUGGUACAACAGUAAGCUCGCACAACGAACUUGCUAUGUACCAGGGUGUGCCAUGCGAUUACGACGACGACGACGUGGAUUUUGAUGUGCUCGGAUGGUGGAAGCGGAACGAACACAUGUUCCCAUGUCUCGGCAUGCUAGCAAGACAAGUGUUAUCCGUUCCGGUAUCAACCNUGCCGGAAUAGUCGGUGGUCUUCUUGCAAAGAAAGGGAAGCGUGCUCAUUCUUCGACGAGUUCAAGUGGUACAACACGCUGUUGUGUCUCCGGGAUAGCACUAUUUGCAUGGUUCCCCCUGAUUUUAUGGACGGGGUACCUCGAUACUUUUUGACCUCUACUUCCUUACCUUUCUCGUCUUUGUCAAGAUGGUCAGACGUGCUCAUCGGGGUCGCCAUGGCUUUGGCGUUGUCCAUUUCAAACCGUUUUAGGAGCUCCUUGCAGUAUUUAGCUUGGCAAAUGAACGUUCCAUCUUUCAUUUGCUUAACUUGGAGUCCCAAAAAGAAUGUGAGCUCGCCCAUCAUUGACAUUUCAAAUUC